AACUGACGCCAAGGCCACAGAAGAGAGAGAGAGAGAGAGAGACUAAGAGAAAAUGCCGGCGAGCGCAACACUGAUCGGAGCUCUGCUGGGUUUCGGUACCCAGGUAUACUCCAACGGCCUCCGAAAACUUCCCCUGAUGAGGCAUCCAUGGGAACACGUUCUAGGGAUGGGCCUGGGCGUAAUCUUUGCGAAUCAGCUCGUCAAAUGGGAUGUUAAGCUUCAAGAGGAUCUCGACAAGAUGCUCGAGAAGGCCAAGGCUGCCAACGAGCGCCGCUAUUUCGGUACGUCUUAAUUCUUCACCGAUUUUUACU